AUAAUCUAGCCUUAGGAACUCUCAGUGAAAACCAUUUACAUUCACCGACACCGUCUCAUAAUUAAUCAGAUUCAACAUGGAGUUUCCAGAUCUAGGGGAAAGGUGUUCGAUCCAGGAUUGCAAGCAACUGAAUUUUUUACCAUUUGUAUGCAAUCAUUGCCACAAUAUCUUUUGCAAAGAACAUUUUCACAUUGCCACUCACAAGUGCACAGGUAUCCAGGACAAUGUUGCUAGCACUAAACCUAAAAUCUCGAGUUAUGUGUGCUUCGAUGAGUCCUGCAAAGAAACUUCCCCCAUUGAAAUGCUGUGCGUCAAGUGCCAAAAACAUUUUUGCUUGCAACACAGAUAUCACGGGUGUCUAGAGUAUUCUAAUGAAGAAAAGACAACAAAGUUGAAAAAGUGGCAAAUACCAAAGAAACAAUUUGCAGAAGCAAAAGCUAUAGUGGAUCAGGAAAUUACAGAUACUUUAAACAAAUCUAAGAACACUGCAUUGGCCAAUAAAAUAAGACUUAUGCGUAUAAAAGGUUCUGCUGUUGGCCAUAAAAAUGUACCAAUGAAUGAACGUUGUUACUUUCUUGUAUAUCCAUCGACUAAAAUAUCUAACACAAAUAUAGGACCAUCGAAAGGUAUUUAUGUAAAUGUGAAUUGGACAAUUGGGAAAGCCAUAGAUUCAAUGGCUGGUAUACUUAAAUUAUCUAAUAAUAAUAAUGGAACAGGAGCAUCUAGAUUACAGUUGUUUCAUCAUGCAACAGGUGCACUGAUUUGCAAUGAAAUGGAUACUCUACUAACAAAGUUGUUAGGGAACUCUGAACUUGUUGAUGGGCAAAGUGUGAUUUUAGAAUAUUCAGAUGGCAUGUCUGUAGAUACAUCUUUGUACAAAUGAAAUUAUUUAGAAUAAAUAAU